CCCUCGCCGAAGAAACUUGUCGCGACCUCUGCGUCCGCUGUGCAGCAGAUUGCCUCCCCAGACUUGCUGCAAUCCUUGCUAGUUCUGUUCUACGCCGCCACCAGAAUUUUUCCAGCGCGGCAUGCAUUUGAAACCACCGAAAUUCGCUUUCCCUGCCUCUCCUCCUUAUUUUGAGCCAUUUCUGAUCCAUUUCGGUGCCCUGUAGAGGACGCUGUGGUCGCGCAAAGUUGGAUUGCAAUCUCGUGUGUGUGCCACUGGCGGUUAUUGUUACGAAGAGUUGGAGUUGCAGUUGGAGUUGAUUUUCGUAAUCCUUAAAUCUUGUGCAAUUUGGAUUCAGACGAGUAAACAAGAGAGAGAGAUAAUAUUUGGGAAUGCCAGCAUUACACUCCAUAAUCAAAGCAUGCUUUUGAAAGCCCAUUGAACCGAAGUAUUCUUGUGCUUAAUUUACAAGAGCACUAUCAGAAGCUUUGUGCAAGGACUAGAAGAACAUGGGUCACACACUUAAUUUACACCACGACACAUUUCAAGAGCCAGAAAGGUCUGAAACUAUCACGGAGCUUUUGAAACAGGCAGGAGGGUGCGUGGUGACUGAUGGAGGUUUUGCAACUCAGUUGGAACGCCAUGGUGCAGACAUUAACGACCCAUUGUGGAGUGCGCUUUGCCUUAUCACCAUGCCCCACCUCAUCCGAACGGUGCAUAAGGAGUAUCUGCAAGCAGGGGCUAGUGUAAUAUCCACGGCUUCUUAUCAGGCAACUAUUCAGGGUUUUCAAAGCCGAGGUUUGUCAACAAAAGAAGCGGAGGAUUUGCUUCAGACGAGUGUUCGUAUCGCUCAGGAAGAGCGUGACAGCUUUUGGAAAGAAUAUCAAAACAAAGUGCGCGCGGGAACUGCUCAUGCUGGUCUAUAUCAGCGUGCUCUUGCUGCUGCCUCCGUUGGUAGUUAUGGAGCGUAUUUGGCUGAUGGUUCCGAAUACAGUGUGUGGAUUCUUCGCAGUGGAGACUAUGGCCCAUCCAUGACAGUUGACAAGCUGAAAGAUUUCCAUCGCCGCCGGCUGAUGGUGCUUGCAGAUGCAGGACCCGAUCUAAUAGCACUAGAAACCAUUCCCUGCAAGUUGGAAACUCAGGCCUUAGUUGAAUUAUUAGCCGAAGAGAACUUGCGGGUUCCAGCUUGGAUAUCAUUUAAUUCAAAAGAUGGCACGAAUGUCGUCAGUGGGGAUUCGCUUUCCGACUGUGUUGCCUUAGCUGACAAAUGCACUCAAGUAAGAGCAGUGGGUAUCAACUGCACUCCUCCUCGCUUCAUUCUUGACCUCAUCCAAGCAGUGCGGAAGGUGACAAACAAGCUCAUAGUGGUCUAUCCUAACAGCGGAGAGUACUAUGAUCCUGAAAUAAAGCAGUGGGUGGAAUCUACAGGUGUUUCAGACACAGAUUUCGUUUCAUAUGUGCAUGAGUGGCGGAACGCUGGAGCUCAGCUAAUAGGCGGAUGCUGCCGAACUACUCCCAACACUAUAGAAGCCAUUUCCAAAGCCUUGCGUGAGCACACUCAUGCGCACGUCACCAACUGACCUGUGUGCUAAACAGAUACAUUUUUUGCUGGUAUCCGUCAUGUCUUAUGCACAAACUGCUGAAGGUUUGAAUCAAAAAUAUCACUGGGUGACUAUCCUGGAUGUCUGACUCAUAAUGGAUCACAUGUCGUAAAUUGGUAAAUGUGUCGUCAUUUUCUCGACGUGCUUUUUCCUUGAAUAAAUCCUGGAGCUUUUGUAUUGGACUGAAAA